AUGACUGCCGACAUCCAAAGUAGUAGUAGGAGAUCACACUGUACAAUUAGAGAGGGUGAAAAGAUAGUGCUCAUGCGGUUAUGUGUUGACUAUCAAGCGGAUCAUGUACAGGGAAAGAAGAACGCUUUUUGGCUCUUUAUUUCUGAACUGUUGGAGCAGGAGACGGGUGGUGUAAAACUCAAGGACCCGCAAAAGACAGUUAGUUGGAUGGUCGCGCGAAGGAGAGCUGAAGUACGUAUGCAGGAAAGGGAAAGUGGUACAGUUCAAAGGGAAGAUAAACUUCCGCAAAAGAUUGAUAGUUGGAUUGCGCAUGAGGACCAAUUGGAGAGAAUGGUAUCGGAUGCUGCUAAAGGAAAUUCAGAUUUGACUAAUGAAGCAGAGGAAGCGGCAGUCCAUCGUCGCAAUAUGUUGGUCCAUUUAGGUGAAAAAAGGAACAGGAACGGGGAAUUAGAUUCUGAUGGGGAGGAAAGUGAUGAGACUGUUGCGACAGAGAUUAGAAAAAUGAGAAAGAAGAGGAGAUCUGUUAUCAGCAGUGAGCAUUCUGCUGAUACACUGGCUGUUAUUAGUGCAGUGGAGAGUUUAGGUUCCGGUAUAGUUAGAGUUGUUCGUGAGCUUAUAGCUUCUAGACAACCACAAGCUAAGCAGAAUGAACGGAUUGAUGGGAAGUUCCAGGAAUUAUGGGAGCAGUUGGGAAGAGAAAGAGAGGAGAAUAGAGUAACAAUAGAGCGACAAAGAAAUGAAGACAGGUUGGCGGAGGAAGCACUUAGUAACGAUUUCCUCUCACAUAUUUUGGGGAAACUUGAUGAGCUCAAGAGACCUUAG